CCAACGCUUUUCACUGUUUAGUACUAUUUCGUAUUAUCAGCGUGGCUGAUCUUUCUAUCGGUUCUAGAAUUCGUUCGUUCGCGACGUGCCUUAGAUGUAAGUGACUGGUUUCGUAUGCGCAUCGUCGUGUAUUGUCGCUGAGACUGUACUUACAAAAGAAACAAAGGAGUUUUGUUGUCUCAGCGUGCGCGUAGAAACCGUUAACGAUUGGUUCGUACGAGGUCCGUGAUACUCUUCAACCGAAUUUCGUCCGACCUUUCUGUCAAUAGAAGGAUCACUUCCACUUUGCGAGACGAAUAAUAGGCAACAAAUAAUAAAUAAUUCCACGGAGUAAUACAUAUAAGGGUCUGUAUUUAAGACUAGAAAUUUAUUAUUAUUAUUUAAGACGUCUAAAAGGAAAGAACGUGAUGGAACAAUAAUAGAAAUAUCAAUAAAUAACAGAGGCUGUUCAAAUAAUAUAUGAUUAAUAAUAUAUAAGUAAUAGAUAAUUAUCGAUAUUAUAAAUAGUAAUCAAUCAAAAUAAAAGAAGAAACAAUCGAACAAACAAGACUCAAGAUGUCUGAAGAAAAACGUAACGAGACUUACCGUUUGCCCGUGGAUUCCACCGACUCACCGGAUUUGUCUCCACCCGACAGAUACAACACUCCAAACCCGACGCCUUCGAAAUUUUAUACAGGAUCGAGUCCUAGCAUGAAUAGUCUGAUAGAAAAGCUGAGGCAGUUGCGAGUGAAGACGCCCGUGGCACCCAGGGUACCCUUUCCUACUCCUGUUAAACUAUCUCCCACUGAAUCUUCCGAGUCAUUCUCGAGCAAAGACACCAAGCUACCCACCUGUAGUGAACCUGAUCUGAUGAAGAUGUUAGAAAUGCAUAUCAAUACGCGUUUAUCGAUUUCUGAAGAACGAUACAGUGCAGUUCACGGCAGCUACAGUGUCGACAACGAAACGUUGAAGACGAUGCUAACCAAAGAACUUGAACGUCGCCGGAUGGAAAAUUGGGGAUUAAACAGGGAGAAUGUAGUUGAAAGGAAGAGCGAAAUGACCUUGAGUCCGCUUUUAAGUCGCCGUUUGAAGAAGAAUCGAAAGUUCUUUGUGGAUAUCCUACCUCCGAAAGAAAUUGAUUCACCGCAGUCAAGCGUGGAUAACUCUCUCCAGGUUGAAACUGAUUCACCUCCGUUAAUCGAGUGUCCCCUGGAAUAUGAGCCAGUUCGUCAUAACGAUGAACUAUCAUUCUUAUCACAUGGUUUGCACAACAUCUCUGGAGCGUUUUCUGAAUUCUUGUCGUUUAAUAGAGAUAUGGGAUGCAACGUUAGUGACAAAGAGAGUAGCGCGAAGUUGAAAACGAAUAUAUUGAUAGAAGAAGAGAAAUUUAGGGAGGCUAUAAACGCUUACUUGGGAGAUUCCGUGAGCUACGAGCAGAAAGAGAUGGUGUUCGAUAGCUAUAUGAGUAUUAUUAAUUUGAACAAAUCUGAAGAUUUUACCAAAUUUAAUAACAAUAACUACUUGGCGUGUAAACAGAAUCCUGAAGAGAAGAGAGAGGACGAUCUUGUUAAUAAGAUCUUGUCUAGGAUUUCUUUGGAUGAUUUUGAUGAGGGUCAAAGAGAAGCGAAUUUGAAGGUUAAAAUGGUCGAAGAGAUGAUCGUGGAUGAAGAAGAUUAUUUCCAAAGUAUUUCCAAAGAAGAAGGAAGCAUCAUGUCUCCAAACGGAACUCGUAAAGACGAAGAUAUUGUAUCUCCUAAUAGAGACAUUUUGCUGAAAAAAAGUUGCUCCGAAUCCGAUAUUUCAAACAGUCCUAAAAUCAACGAUGACGUUAUAUCCGAAGAGUAUAUCAAAAGAUUGGAUAGAUCUCAAUCGAUGACGGACGAGUUAACACGCGCUGGGUCCUAUUCAGAGCUAUCAGCGAAUUUUGAUAUGCAGAUCGAAGAGAGGGAUACUGACACUUACAAAUUGAUAGAUUCUUUUGAUACAACUGGUGAUCACGAAAGCUCUACUGGCCCCGUAGAUUUUUCGAUAGUUCCUGAACAGAAAUCGUUUGGCUCGGUUGAUUCUUUGACGAGUCCGAAAGAAGAUACAAAUGAUGAUCAAAGAGAUUCGAAAUCAUAUGCUAGUGACAAGUGUACUGAAGAUUCGAAUAAAAGCGGUGAAGAUAAUGUUGCGAGCGUUUAUUAUUCAGUCAGCUCUCGUGGGAGCAUUGGUUUAAACGAACGUCUCAGUGAAGUAGACAACACAAAGGAUUUUUCUACUGAUUCAAGUGAACGAGAGUUGCCGACAGACACGAGUCAUAAAGAUCGUGAUCCAUUGCCUGACGAAGAAGAUGAAGUUUUCGAAAAUUUUGGUUUGGUCGAGACUUUUAAAAGGGAGGCCGGUUUCCAAUCGUUUCUGAGAAGAGUGAUGAACAAAGAAUGGAUGCGUUCGAUCAGAAAAUCAAGGAAUUCGCCACAGAUAAUGAUGGAUGCUGAAGGUGAUAAGGAGAAAGCGGAGAAGGAAAAUAUGCCGCCUUCGUCGAUGCAGAAAGAUGACGGCAGUGAUUUAAAAUCGACAGAGUAUUACGAAAAGGAAGAAUGUCUGAGAAUAAAAUUUAAGAAGAGGGAACCUAAGAUAUUGCAAGAGAGAAAUCCAGAUGUGCCCUUUCCGCCGUCGCACAAAUUGACAGUGGCUGAUGUGUUCGACCCGCGAACGGAUCGGCCACGGCCGGAAGUCCUCAAGCAACACUUUAUCCUGGAAGGUAGAAUCGACGAGGCAGCGGCUCUUCGUAUAGUCAACGAUGGAGCAGCCCUUCUUCGCUCAGAGAAGACUAUGAUCGAUAUUGAAGCUCCGGUCACCGUGUGCGGUGACAUUCACGGACAGUUCUAUGACCUGAUGAAGUUGUUCGAGGUGGGCGGACCACCCUCCACGACGAAGUAUCUCUUCCUCGGCGAUUAUGUAGACAGGGGUUAUUUCAGUAUCGAGUGCGUAUUGUACCUGUGGGCACUUAAGCUGUGCCAUCCAAACACACUGUUUCUUCUCAGAGGCAACCACGAAUGCCGUCAUCUCACGGAAUACUUCACAUUUAAGCAAGAAUGUAAAAUAAAAUACUCGGAGAGGGUGUACGACGCUUGCAUGGAUGCGUUCGACUGUCUACCGCUGGCGGCCCUCAUGAACCAACAGUUCCUCUGCGUGCACGGUGGACUCUCGCCGGAAAUUCACAAUCUAGAAGACAUACGCAAAUUGGACAGGUUCAAAGAGCCUCCGGCGUAUGGCCCGAUGUGCGAUCUACUUUGGUCGGAUCCAUUGGAGGACUUCGGCAACGAGAAGAACGCCGAACAUUUCUCUCACAACAGCGUUAGGGGUUGUUCAUACUUUUACAGUUACGCGGCGUGCUGCGAUUUUCUGCAAAACAACAACCUGCUCAGCAUCAUAAGGGCGCACGAGGCUCAGGAUGCGGGCUAUCGCAUGUACCGCAAAUCUCAGACGACGGGUUUCCCGUCGUUAAUCACCAUCUUCAGCGCGCCCAACUACCUCGACGUUUACAACAACAAGGCGGCUGUACUGAAAUACGAGAACAACGUGAUGAACAUCAGGCAGUUCAAUUGUUCACCGCAUCCCUAUUGGUUGCCCAAUUUCAUGGACGUUUUCACGUGGUCUUUGCCAUUUGUAGGUGAAAAAGUCACAGAGAUGUUGGUGAACGUGUUGAGCAUCUGCUCGGACGACGAGCUCAUGAGCGACGGAGACGACGGGCUCGAAGAAGAUGUCGCAGCGAAAGUCGUUAUCCAAAAAAAGAACGCGUCACAAGCCCCGACAUCCGCAAAUUUAACUCGCGAAUGCUUAGUGAAGCGGAAACACAGCGACAGCGGAACGAUAUUUUCACGUGCAGCAGCCAAUCUACGCAAGGAGGUUAUCAGAAACAAGAUCAGAGCCAUUGGCAAGAUGGCGCGUGUCUUCUCCGUCCUCAGAGAGGAGAGCGAGAGUGUGUUGCAGCUGAAGGGUUUAACGCCGACUGGCGCUUUACCUCUUGGUGCGUUAUCAGGUGGAAAGACGUCCCUAAAGAACGCUCUGCAAGGUUUCUCGCCGAACCACAAAAUUACCUCGUUCGCCGAGGCGAAAGGUUUGGAUGCCAUAAACGAAAGGAUGCCGCCAAGAAAGGACGCCCCGCCCACGCCGGUAAACGAGGAGAAGCCCGUGAUAAAGCCACCGGCUCCUGCGGCGGACAAGCGAGACCACAACACACCGCAACCGCAAUCGUGAGCCUCACACUCGUCCAAUCAAGGAAGAACACGGCCGGCAAAGCAUGAUGGAACGAAGACGAGGCCAGCGUUGCACAUUUUUCAGGUGGCAAGGAUGGGUGUUAAGGUCCCAGUGCUGUCGUCGCCACCGUCGAAAAAUCCAAACCAUCGCUCGUCUCUCACCCCCGGUUGUUAUCGCCAGCGUGCCGUUCGUCGAGUCAAGAAGGUGUCAUCGCAACGAGGAACGAGAGUCGCACCACAGCCAACCACGAGAUGCGAGUGUCAGAGAUGGAGUUCGAGAAGAGGAAGCAACCCAUCAGGGAAACAACGAGCGUCGUCGUCGUCGUCGCGUAUGUUGCUCGCGCCUUGGCAGCCGUUGUUGCGACAGAUGUCCCGCACGACGUUUGAGAUACUCGACGACGAGUCGUUUGGCUCCGUUCUGUUGUUCGCGGCCGAAACGUGCCGGAAUAUUCGCCUUGCGAGAGGAGUUGCGCGCCCGCCGUGCACUCGUCUCUUUUGUCCUCUUCCUCCCUGAGGACGACGACUCGUACGACCUCCUUCUGCCGCUCUACGAGCCGUGGUCGCGUUGGAUCACCACUUAAAAGUCGUCUUGUAGCGUCACAGCGAGCAGGACGCGUACGAAGGUUCGUUCUCAGGAAGGCAGAAGUCGCGAAUGGAUCUCCGUGUGUACGCGCGUGCUGGACCGCGAGGAACAGACGUUGAACGAGAUUAGGAACGAGAUUGGAUGAAGUACCGAGUACGAAGUACCGAGUUAUAUAUAGAGUACCGAUGAUUGUAAGAUAAAUGACGCAAGGGUAGGAUAACGAAGGGUAGCGAGAAUCGUAUGCGUUCGUUUGGAAGUCGGGGAGAGAAGGGACGCGCGUAGACACGGAGCAGGGGCAAAGUAGAAAGAGCAUCGCGCUGUAGGUUGGCCGAUCUUUUUUUAUCGGAGGCGCUGGAUAGAAGGCGUACGGAGAAGUUAGCGUGGUAGUUGGUUGGAAAGUUGAUCUUCUCGGAAUCGAACGUGAUAAAGGAAGAUUGUCGUUCGACUUCCUGUAUGCGAGGCGAGUAAUGAUCGAGGCAAGAGACGAAGGAUGGAAACCACGCUCGUGUACGGUCUCCGACAAAGAGAACGGAGAUCAAAGCGAAGAAACGAAAAUAAUUUAUACAUGCCGAUGAAAAUGAUUUGAAAGGAACGAGAAUAAAAAGAAGGGAGAGGGUAAUAAGGGAAGAAUAUAAGAAAAAAUUAUUUUCUCUUUUAAAUCAUUUUCAUCGCGUAUAUACGUUGCUUCCGUUUCUUCGCUUUGCUUUCUGUUCACUCUGGCAGAGACCGCUAGAUCGUGGUGUUUCGCUCCUCCGGCAAAGAAGCAAAAGGGGGAAAGUAAAAUAAAAGAAGAAAAAUUUUAAGGCAGCUGGCCUGUCGGUACGGCGGAGCUUCCGGUUUUAGGAUUCAUUAGAUUCUUAAGAAGUUCGCCCUGGUGGAUGCACGGGCAUCCCUCCGCGCGCGUAAAAAAAAUGGGGGCGGGGAUACUUAAAUCGUAAGUCGAGCUAAGCUUUAGGAUUAAGGCGUAAGUUAUAUCGGAGAAUUUAUUUAAUAUACGCAUAUAUAUUAUAUAUAUAUUAUUAAUUAAUUAAUUAAAAUUAUGAUUAUUACUAUGAAUUAUUAUUAUGAAUUAUUAUUACUAUCGUUAUUAUUACUAAUUAUUACGAUGAUCAUCGAUACUAUCGAAUACGAUACACGAUGUUAAUGAUGAUCAUAAUAAUAGUUCUCGCGACACCUAUGGAAGGGAACAUCGCACGUCGAGCGAAUCGUUUUCCGCCCACCUGCAAGCGAAACUGUUUCCUCUGCGGUAGCACACGUUGCAUUCGAACGAAUUUAACCGGUUUAUCGAACAUCGACUAAGUCCGUACGUUUUUUUAGAACACGUUUAGCUUCAUCCUGUAUUCCAGCAAAACUGGCGACAGCUUCUGAUCCUCGACCAGCUAAUUCCGAUUAAUCAAAUAUUUCCAACGUAAUAUUCUUUCUAGGAUUCGAAUCGAUUCUAGUUAGAAACGAUAUAAUUAAACUUAAAUAAUCCAUUUGAAGUAAUGAGAAGUAAGGAAUGAAAAAUAAUUGAAAGAUAGGAAAAGCAAGAUAAAGCGAAAUGAUUGAAUUCAAUUCAAGAAUUAGCUGGUAUCGAUCAUGGACCAAGGUUUUCAAGGAAUACGACCUAGAAAUCCUUCCUCUAAUCACACAAAUUCGCAGAAACCAUUCACCGUUUCCCAGAGAAUCGCCAUCAAUGUUCUAAACAUCGAGGAUUCUCUUUAAACUAGAACGUGUGUUUCUCGUUGCCACCAAAAAGAAAAAAGAGAAGGUGGCACGCACACUUAAACCAAGUGAAUUUUAAUCUCUGGUCACUUGUGAGAACAUCUUCCAAGUGUUUUAACUUUGUUCCCCUGACCAAUCUACCCGGAUGGGUAUUUUAAAUUCUCGUUCGACGAGAGCUCGAUUCGCCGAUUUCCACGCGACCGUGCUAACCGCGGACAGCGAUUUCGCUUGAAUGAGACGGAUCCGUGCGUCCUAUUUGUUCUUCGAGGAUGAUGACCUAGAACAGAGAGAAAGAAAAGAAUGGGUAAAAUGGCACGCUCGACGAGGCAGAGGAAUCUCUCGAGGCUUCGUGAGCCUCGACCGCGCAUGAAGGAUCUAAUAGCACAUAUUAUACAAUUAUAUCGAUAAACCAUGACAUGUGUGCUCGUUUUGGACGUGCAAUGCGUACACCCCAACCAGUUUCCGAAGAGGCAUUUUAACGGGAAAGGAAAUUGCGGGGAACGUUCUCGAAAAGUGAUGAAACAGGCGGAAAUGGGGGAGAAUGCAUGAUCGAUCGGUGCGUAGGUAUUUACAUUGUUUACGAGUUAUCGUGGUCAAGAGGAACGGGAUGAGGGAUGAUAAAGCGAGAGAAAACGGGAAUGCAAUAACGGACAGAAUGUUCGAAGUCCUCUGAAUCGCGUGAGAAUGGUUGGAGGGAAAGCAAAGGAAAAGGCCAAGCGAACAGACAAACGCAUGACACGUCUAACAACGUUGAUCCUCUAUGAUUUUAAUGUGUGUUCUUGCUACUAUCCGACGUAAGUCUGGGCCACAGCCACACGCUGUUCGAAACUGGUGCCGGAAGUAGAGCCUUUAAUAUCUUUGGCAGGAUGUAUCACGAAGGGGAUCGUAGGGUGGACAGAAUGGUGGGCGAAUAUCAGCGAAUUGUCUCGUAGUUACGUUGUAGUUUUUAUUUUUCUUUCUCUAUUUCUUUUUCUUAAGGGUCUGUUGGACGCGAGAGACGUUUGAGAAAUGGUGGAAUCAAAGCGUUCCAAGGUGGAUACUCGCGUGCCACAAAGUUCACCCGCGAAGAGAUCGAACCUCGAUAUACGUGACUUCCCAGUGGUUAGCUCUUCCUAGCUAAACGCGAGCGUGUUGAGUUCAAGCUGACGGGUAUCAGUGCCAAACUAUAAUUCCUUUACGAUUCUUGCGGUCUCUUCGUUCGAAGAUCACCUGACCCCACUGUACGUAACUAUAGUUCGUGAGACAAAACGUAGAUACGUAGCUAAUUUUAAUUGAUCGAUCGUUUUAUGAUUUGACUUUCGUUUUACAAUUGUACAUUGCGCGUAUCGAUCUUUCGCUUUAAGGUCGACUGUUUUUAAGAAUCUCAAUCGCGAUGGCGCCAUCUGUGUCGGUGGAAAAACGACAGUUUCACGAUGUUUCUUUUAUUCCCUCCUUUUCUUUUUUCUAAGUUAAUUGCUUCUCCUUCCUGUGCUAGUUGUAUACUGAGUUCUCCACGUUUUCCCGUUAUUUGUGACUCCCGAGUGCAUGGCUGGCUGGCUCCUCCUUCAUUCGUUAAAGCGUUCCCGCGCUUAUCGUCGCGUCCCCGCGACGUCAUCUCCCCCGGCCGUGGCCAGCUUCGUAAACAAUUGCAGCCACGGGGCUGCGCCACGCUCCUCGUCGUGUAAUAUUUCUAGUAAUAAAGCGGUUUCGCGAUCGAGUCGCGGGCCUUUCUCGUCGUUUUCGCUGUUUUUUCUACCUCCUCUCUUUAGAGAUCGAUGAAAAGCGGAAGAGAAGACGAGCGGGUAUCGCGACGAAAAGCAUGCCACUGUGAAGGGAGAGUUAAUGGAAAGUCACGUUAGGUGUGCAAGGGCUCGUAGCGAAAUAUUUAGGUGGAAGAAAAAUUGGGGAAAAGACAUGGUAGGAAAGAAGGUCACUUCCGACAGCCAAAUGAUGACAGCGUGCAAGAAUUACGGUCUGAAACAUAAUAAAGAUAAUGAAAGAAUAUUAUUAUAAUGAAAAUGAAUUAAAUAAAAUAUAUGUGUGUAUGUAUAUAUAUAUACAAAAAAAUAUAUUGUGUAUGUAUAUAUAAACGCAUGUACGUAUAAAUAUAUAUAUAUCUCUUCUCACUAUGGAUAAAGAUAUACAGUGAAUAAUAUAAUUCUAUCUCUCUUUGCUACCAAGUUGUACUUAUUCUUAAUUGAUUUACUUGUACAAAAGAAAUGUGUUAAAUAAUAAUGAAAUACAAUUAUAUAUAUAUAAUAUACAGCUAUAUAAAUAAUACAUAUACAUAAAUAUAAAUAUAUAUAUAUAUAAAUAUUAUACAUAUGAUAUAGCGUUAAUUAACUAUUAUUAUGAUUAUUAUUACGAUCAUUGUGAGAUACGGUUAUUCUUACUUAUUUGAUUAUUGUCAUUAUAUGAUUAUUCUUAUUAUUAUUAUCAUGGCUAUUAUAUUGUAUAUCAUUAUUCCUAUUAAUUAUUACCGUUAUAUCGUUAACGACGUUAUCGAUGCUAUAUUUAAUAUUCUCACAUCGUCUCACUAUCGAAACGCAAAAGAAUAAAAAAAAUAUAUAUAUAUAUUACAAAGUACAUAAGAAGUGUGAGUGAGUGUUAUACGGAGUGAAGAAAACGAAAUAAAAAAAAAAAUCAGAGCCGUUGGUAAAGUUAAUAUACAACAAAACGUGUAUAUUAUCUGUUACUGCUGUUCGAUAUUGUGAUGGUCGUUACAGCUGCGUUACGACGAGGGUGACACGAUAAUGGUGAUUCAGGACCAUGUAAUCGAGAAUCCACUUGUCCUCUGCUAUACUAAAAGCUCGACUUUAUCCGUCGCUUUCUGCUCGCACGAUAAUCGCGUUUCCCUGUUGUUUAUCCUUUUCUUUUCCAUUCUGUCUUUUUCCAUUAUACAAACAAACAGAAUUCUUAUAUUCGUGUAUAAUAAUAAAAAAAAAAAUAUAUAAAUUUGUUCAGUGUGUGUUUUACCGUAUCGCAAGUUUUGAUUGUUCGUCUCUUCGCGCUAGAUCCGCCAUUUUUCGUCACGUGACGAGUCUACAUUGUUUCGCGCGAUGUUCCUCAGCUUCCGGUGUACGGUUCUUUCAAAUGUAAUCUAGUAAUCUACUCACGACGUCGAAUAUUUCGUCAAAUUUUCUAUUCCCGUUGAUAAACUCAAUCUCUAUCGAUUUUUCAUUUUCAUCAUUGGGAAAUAUCAUACUGAAAGUUCGCGAAACGAUGGUUAUACAAGAAAAAAAAAGGGAGGAAAAAAGGGAUACGGAUGAUGAUCCUUUUGGACAUGUGUAAAAUCAGAGGAUAAAGAAGAACGCGUACAAUUAAAUAAGACACCUAUGGCAAUACCCUGUAAUUAAGACGUGUACAGCGUCGAGCACAAUUGCUAAUCGAGUUUUAUCAUUAAUUACCGUCGUUCCGCAUACGUACAGUGUAGUACUUAAUCGUUAGCGUUACCUAAUUGCGCUCAAAUAAAGGAAAAUGGUAAAAGAGAAAAGAAUGAAAAUUGAAGAAAGGAAAAAUAUGCUAGAACGAUGAAUUUAUUAUCGGGACCCUUGUUUAACGAAGCGGUUUUUUUUCUUAUAUCGAGUGAUAAUAAAGCGGUAAUCAAAAACAAACAAUACGAAACGAUGAGAGAAAAGAAGAGAUGGACAGAAUUGAUAAUGAUUCCUGAACGCGAACCGUGUCCCAACGUACGUUUUUAUGCAGUCGCCUCUUUAAAACAAACAUAUUGUACAUAUUUGUGCGGGCGUUUUGAUCCUAACAUGUAUCGUGUCGUAGAAAUCUUUUUAGAUAGGUUAAUGAAAAAAAAAAAUCCAUAAAGGAAUGAAGAAAGAAAGAAAUCAAUAAUCGAUCGUCGAUAAAUCGUUGAAAACCUUAUCGACUCGGCUCGGAUCACCGUGGAUCGGUAACGAUAUUCCAUAAGCGCGUGGAUCGUUACCAAUCCGGACGAGAGAUCGAUCUUGUCACGAUAUAAUCAGAUUUAGUCGUUUGUUUCGAUCUUAUUGAACGGGUGUGUCAAAGUGCAAUUUGUAACUGUGUCUACGAUAGCAGGGCAAACGCAAUUAUAAUUGCAAUUAUAAUUGUACGAUUUGUCGAACGAACGCGUACAAUGCCGGUCAUUUUUGCGUUAUAUGCCGAAGAAUGAAACGUCUCGGUAAAAAUACAGGAUCGUCCUUUUUGACGAUCGUAUCCUCCGAUCAAAUGGAAGAUAUCCGAAUAUUAAUCGGAUCCUUCGAGAAAGGAUACGAUCAUCGUUUGUUACACCCGAACCGUCCUCGUUUUCGUAAUCACAGAUCUACGUCGCUCUUUGCUUACGCGAUUGAUGCAUUUUAUCGAUAAAGUAAAUAACAACGUUAUUCAACGAACUUAUCGACUCGAACUUGGUUACGUGUUUUUCUAAGCAGUUUAAGAAAAAGAUGAAAAAGAGAUGUUAAACGACAUCUAGGAGAAAAUAACAGAGAAAAUGCAUACGUUGGCGUGGCAAAGAUCGCUAGAGAAUGACAGAUGAAAAACGAGAACUGUAUUAUAAUGUAGAAGCGUGUAUAUCGUUAAGCUUACGAUUGGGGUUGUCCCAAAGCCUUUCUCUUAGACUUACAAUGUGCGCAUCCACUGAAACAUCCUCUCGACUCCCGGAUCGAUUCUCCCUUUUAUUUUUCUCUCUUACAUUCUAAGUCUCAUCGUUGUACGAAAGAGUACGGGUAUAAUAACGUAACGUGCAUUAAAUAUGUAACUUUACGCGAUGUGACAUCCACGACUAUAUCACAUGCUGGAUCGUGUGCGCCACGUUCAGGAGAAUCCGAAAAAGACCGUUGACGAUAGACGGUAUACCUUCUGUUGUACCAUUCAUUCAGAAAAUAUCUACAUCUUCCUAGAAUGUAGAACAAACGAUAGACGAAAGAAACGUAUGAAACAUAGACACGUUACAUAUUUUGUAAUGGUUAAGCGAUAAAGAAAAAAACACACAAAGAAAAAUCGCAAACGUAUGCACUAGUAAAACUAACGUGUAAUAUAAUCGUGUAUGUUUUUUAGUGACAUAUGUAACUUUACGAAUCGAACUUGAUCGAAUGGGAAAUCGAGCAGCGAGGGUGGAUCAGCGAUCUCUUAGAUUGUUACGAACUCGUUCGAGAUACUUUUUGCCCCUCCGUGAUACGAACAAGGAGAACAGCUAAAACGAGUAUUUUACCAUUUUAUCUACAUUUUUCAAAGACACGCACUCUUUUUCUCUAUCUCUCUUUAUAUCUCUUUCUAUUUCUGUCUAAUGUUAUUCCGCGAUUUGUAGCGCCACCCGAAGUCAUAUGCGUCGAUGUUUAGUAUCUAGAUUUUUCGAUAAGAAAGGAAGUCGAAGGAAGGGCAGAACGAAGAAAGGGGAAAACAUAAGAAAUAUCGAAAGAAAUAUCUGCGAUUGCAUUAUUGAUUAUCAAGGAACCACAUGUAAACGCUUUAAUGAAAAAUACACCUGAAUUUUUAAGAAUAUUAAAAAGAAAAAGAAGAAAGAUACCAAAUACAAUCUGCACCGGAAAUUUUGCAGAGUUCCUUUUUUUCUUUAACGAAUCUUCGAACAAAUUAGAUACCUUCGAAAUGAUGAUGAUAAUAAUAACAAUAAUAAUAAUAAUAAUAAUAAUAAUAAUAAUAAUGACGAAACUUGUCUUUCCAACACCUUGUUUCUCAAAGGACGCGACAAAGAAAACUUUUUUAACCAUCUUCGUUAAUUCUUCGAAUUCUAUCUGCCAAGGGAGGAAACCACGCAAGUAAAGAAAGAGCAACCGUUGUUCAGAUACUCAUCGAACCUCUUUCGAUAAUCGACAAGCAAUACAAUAGCCUCAUUGGCGCGUACAACUCGAUAAGAUGGCGCACGUUCGGGGAACAGAAUUUUUGCGAUGACUUAUAGACGGUUAUAUACAUGUAUAUACGCAUAUAAUAUGUAUACAUACUGAGUUAAGUUACAUGCAUUCUCAUCUCUUUUAUAUACAUAUAUAGACACACACACGCACGCGCGCGCGCACACAUAACACACACACACACACGUAAUAGAGAAGAAAAAAGAGCGGAGGUAGCGAUAUACACGAUGAGACAGAACACAAGACCACAAACUAAAUACUAAAUAUACAUAUAAUAUACGAUAUAAUAUAUAUAACCAGAUGUUCAACCAAGGGGAACUUUUCCUGUACGAAGUGGAUCCGACAAAUUUUGAAAGUAUCUUGUCUCAAGAGGGAAAGGUUUCCCCAUCGUUGAACGAAUCCGAUCGAUUUAAUAUAAUUUUGCUAAAAGGAAAAAGGAAGAAAAAGAAGAAGAGGACGAACCAAGAAAAUUGAGAAUCUAGCCACGUUCUUCGUGGUAUUUGGCACGAUGCCUGAAUGUUUUAUGAAAAACAGAUUUUUGCUACGUAGCACCGGAUACCGUUCGGUUGCUUCACCGCAGCGUUCGUUGCGGCUCAAUGACGAAUUUGGUCGAUCGCGAGUCAAAUCGGUUUUUCCCCCACAUCCAGUGAUUAGAAGUUCUCGACGAUACCGAACAACGAUUCUCUAUCACAGAAAUCUACGACGAGUUUGCGUGGUAAAUUUUACACGAAACAACCGCGUUUUCUCAUUUUUCAAAUUGCUUUCAUGUAAGACAGAUUCAUGUACAUACUUAUGAUAAGUUAGAUCGAGGAAAAGCUUCCAUGUUUCAAACAAAACGUCGUACAAGGGUGCGAAAUUUGUUUAAUGUAAACACAAUCGGUCGAAUUCACCGACAAACCACUUUUAUGUACCUGUUACGACUGAUUAUUGCGUAUUAUUGCCGCGACAGUAAAUAUAUACAUAUACAUAUGUAGAAUUUUGUGUGUGCGCGUGUGUGUAUAUAUCUAUAUACCAUAACGGUUCACCGUUAUUUUGUAAUUAUCGUUAAAUGUCAUUGGCUGCUUGCUAACCGCCGAUUUGUGAUCCAUCAUUAAUCUUAUAUCGGUAAUCGUAUGUACAUAUCGAGUUAGCAAGGAAAACAAAAAAAUAUAAAAAAUAUAAAAAAAUAUAGACGAAAUAUUUUAAAUCGUUAUAUUGGAAUCAGUUAUAUAGAUCAAGGAAUAUAAGACUGGAACAUAAAAUUAUAGACGAAGAGGAUAGAGAACUUCAGAUUGUAUUUAAAUUUGAUUGAUUACAUUUCCACGCAUCCUUUGCACUGCUAAUUAUGAAGAUUAUUGAUCAGUUUAAUCAACAUGUCCAAUUUCUUAUUAAAAAGAUGAUUAUGAAUGAAUUCGUUAAAAUUUAUACAAUUAAUUAAAAUGAAAAUAUUUUAAUACGAAAUACACUGCAAUAUUCUUUAUUUUUACUAUUUGUUAUCGAAAUAAUGUUUAACUAAAUAUUUGGCAUAUAUUAACUGUCGUACUUCAAAUAGUAUUUCAAUAAAAAUUAGGCAUAAUUUACCUCAACACUUAUUCCACAAUAUUAGUGACGGUAUGUUACGUCUCUAUAUUCCUAGAUUCAUAAAAAUGAUGGUCAAGCGGCAGAGAGAAAACAGGCAUUACGAAUCAUCAUUGGAUGUAUUGUGAACUCUUUCGUUUCUUCCGUAUGCGAAUAAAACUGCCUUUCCGAUAAUGGGAAACAGUUAACUGAAUAGAUAUACUGAAAGAGUAAAAAGUUCUAAUGAAACAAGGGUAAAAUCGAUCGAAUCAGAGGGUAAGAAUCGUGAGUAAAGUAUCGCGAUGAAAGAGAGAGGUUGGUUGGGGUAAAAAAACGCGCUUCGUCGCGAUUUGGAUUAAUUUUUCCAGGGAAAUCGUAGCCUUAGUCUUCGUUUCUCUCGUCAGUUUUAUGCAAUGAUUACGGCGGAUACACUUGUAUAUAUCUACAAUGCUCGGAAACGAAGAAAAGAGAACGCAAUGGACGUAAUGAUAGGUCAAACGACAAAGUAACGAAACAUGAUGUCAUUUGAAGUAUGUUACGUAUGGUCUCCGUGGUUAUAACGGAUGUUUACUACGAAAAUCAACGAAAUCAUCGUAUUCACACUGAUCGCUCGAUCGUUGUUGAGUACAUUGUUGAAUCGAUUAGAUAAGAUAUUACGAAAUAUGAUAGGUUUGUUAAAGGUGUAUCCGCCUAGUUUGCACAAAACACUGCAUGAAUCAUAAUCGAACUUAUAUUCGCGGCAUUCAAAGAAUGGCAUUCAACGAUAAAACUGUACAUACGCACGUUUACUAUUGUCUAUUUACUAUUACGAGAAAUCUUAUUCCUAAGACCUUCGACUUACAUAUGUGAUUUUAUCGAAAUGAGAAUAAUUCUGGUAAUGGGGACGAUGACAGUAACAACAACAACAAGAAAAAUGCAACAAAAAAGCAAACUGCAUUGCAUACAUUGUUUAGCGCCAUUGUGAACUUCUAUCCCUUCUUACGAAAUAAGCAUAACUAUAUUUGUUUAUAUAUACAUAUACACGACAAACAUACGUAUAGAAAACAUUACGACUAUUAUUAUUAUUACUAUUAUUCUUAUUAUUACCAUUACGAUGAUUAUCAUUAUUAUUAAAUAUGGCCACUAUGUCUAUUAUUAUGAUUAUUAUCAGUAAACGAAAAAUGAAAACGAUGAAGGUACGAUGGAUAAUUGCUAAAAAUUAAAUGAAAGAUCUUACUUAUACAUAAUUAUAAAUACGUCAUGAUGACAUAUUCAUAACAAUUAAUUAUUAUGAUAAAGUAAUAACAUUAUUAUUAUUACUAUUAUAAAUAAUACCCUAUUCCCAUUUGUUGUGAAUGUUUACGUUGUUUUAUGAUAUUCAGAAUAUUCUAAAAAUAAAGUCUAUAAUUUCCACGAA